AUGACCGCAAAGCUCCGAUUGUGGAUUCAUGGUUCGGCACCCGGUUUCUUGGCACAAAAGUUCAACGAGUUUAACCUUCUCGAAGGACGUGUAUACGAGAUUACAAGUUGGGACCUUAAGGAGAACAAAAUUAAUGCAUUCAAAUUAACCGAAUCAAGUCAUAAGUUUGAGUUUGGUGAGAAGACAAACAUGUACGAGAUUAUUGAGGACAACUACUCGAGCAAUGUGACUUGGGUUAAGGAGUUGGUUCAAGAGGAUGGGAAGUCUUGGAAUAGGAGUUUGCUGACUGAAUGCUUUCGCCAAUCAGAUGUUGAGGCUAUAUUGAACAUAAAAUCCUUAGACCCUCUACUGUCUGAUAGAUGGAAGUGGGUUUUGGAUGCUAAAGCUGAGGGUAGUGAUUCAGCUCAGAGGGAUAGGCAAAUCAGAGGGAGAAGUUGGAUGGAUCCUAGUUGUUGUAGCUGUGGUAAGGAAUGGGAAUCAGUGGAGCAUGUUCUGCUACAUUGUGUUAGGGCCAAGAGAAUAUGGAAGUUAGCUCCAGUUCUGAGGCUACUCACACAGGCACAUUCAAACAAUGGUGGUGGAAUGAUUAAGCUGACUACUUACAUAUUAUGGUGGCUUUGGAAAGCCCAGAAUCUAUGGAAAUUUGAAGCCGUUUGGAUGCCAGAUGAUGCACUACUCCGGGCUGGUGACAAAGUAGCAGUGAAGAAGAGAAAGAUCACUAGGUCCAUUUUGCGUAUGCUCGGUCAGUUCAUAAAAGUCGUCGUCCAUAUCGUUUUUCACCAUGUUCCUCCAGUUGUUGAUAUCGGCUAUGACCCACGAUCCGCCUCAUUGCAUUGGAGAUUUCCAUUUUUGUGUGCAUACCAGGGCCGGAUGGACGUGUAUCAUAGGGGGGGCCACGACUCAUUUUUCAAGAGAAAACAUGAGGAGAUUGAGGAAGAUAAUGGAGGACUACCAACCGAUGAGAAAGUUGUUAAGCAUAUUGAAAAAUCACCCAGAAAUGAACAAGUGGUGUUUGAUAUCAACAAUCUUGAACGUGACCCAGGGUUACGUAUGCCAAUAUCAAGUUACCCCGUUGAUAAAAUUGAUGAAGUUCGACGAGCUUAUAUUAGCUACGGCCCUUAUCAAUACAAAGGAGAAUAUCCUUCGAGCGGCGGGUCUGGGAAGUAUUCUCGUCGUUUUCAAGCGUCGUGGUUCAAGAUAUUUCCGUCUUGGUUAGAAUAUUCCCCAACGAGUGAUGCUGCUUGCCCCGACCCGAACUCGGACCCGCACACCCGCUCAUGA